CUUGCUACCCUGAAACACGGAAAAACAGGUGGGCAAGCAUACUAAGGAUACGUCCUGCCCAUAAUGCUGUCCCUCUCUCCACUAUCACUGAGAGAUCUACGACGAUUUACAACUUUUCUCAUCUCGCCAUCCAAGGUCUUUCAAAAUGGAUAUGGACAAGCCGAUUUUUCCAGCACCACAGGGCUAUGUGGUGGAUCUCGCGAACCCGCAAAGAUCAGGACUAGCGGCAAACUUCUGGUUCGGAGUUGUAGGUAUGGCUGUUUCUGCGGCUUUUAUGGGCAUUAGGAUCUUCACGAAGACUGCGCUGGCAAGGAACUUCUCAGCCGAUGACGGAGUACUUAUCGUUUCAUGGGCUUUCUCGGUGGCCAUCCAGACUGUUAUACUUUAUCAAUACGGCAGAGGAUUCUUAGGUAUCCAUAUCUGGGAGCUUACUGGCCAUGAUGUCAACACAGCCCUCAACCUCAUCAGCGUCGCCAGUAUUCUUUACUGUCCAUUCCUCGCAUGCGCAAAGUUCUCCCUACUUUUCUUCUACCUAAAGCUCUCGCACCUCCGCUGGUUCCGCCUCUGCGUCUACGCCAACAUGUUCCUCGUUGUCGGCUACAACAUUGCACUCGUGUUCCCACUGAUCUUCACUUGCACACCCUUCAUGAAGACUUUCGACGUUACAAUUACGGAGGGCACGUGUAUUAAUCGCACGCCGCUGUAUAUGGCUACUGCGGUGCUUAACAUGCUCACGGACGUCGCAUUGUUGGUGCUGCCAAUACCGAUGAUUGUGAGUUUACAGAUGCCAAAGGUGCAGAAGGCGGGCUUGAUUUGCAUCUUUGGGGUUGGCUCUGCGACAUGCGUUACCAGUGCUGUACGCCUCGGCCUCCUCUUCCCCAUGCUGAAAACUAUUGAUCAAACCUGGGCCAUUGUGACUCCAGGAAUCUGGAUUCUCAUAGAAGCCAACCUCGUAAUCAUUACUGGCUGCCUACCUACUAUGCGGCUCUUCUUCCGGCACGUCGCACCGCAUCUCAUCGGAGAAUCAUCCAUCCGCAGUCGCAGUCGCAAAGCCGGCGGUACAGCAUAUGGCAAUAACUCAGUGCACAAUCAAACGGAGCUCAAUACCAUCAACACAAAGCGUACCAGGACGUAUGAUCGCAUGGAGGAGGACAGCAUCAGUGUUGGAAGCGAUGAGCAGGUCGAAGCGGGGUGGCAGGGCGAUGCAAACUCGGACAGAGCUAUAGUGUCAUCGCCUGAAAUGGGCAAAAUCAGGAAGACAGAGACGACCAUCAUCAAGUCGGAGAUGAUUGCUAGAAAUCAAAAAGAGGGGGAAAGCUGGAAGCCCAAGUUCUGAGCCAUUGCUCAAGAUCUGCUGUGUACUUCUUGCUGGCAGGAAUACUUUGCGACGCAGAAAAAAUUAAACUAGUUCUCCGAUUUCCUGGUCGCGAUUUCUCCCCACUUCACUAGGAUCGAAUUCUUGUUUCUCCAUCACUCUGCCUUGAAAUUGCGCUCUUUCUCACGCACUCUUUUUCAAACGGCACAAUCCCGGACCAUCCAUCCCGCGUACCCACUUCCCUAUCAUCCCGCUCCCUGAACAUA